ACUUGGAAAAUGCGAGUGAGGGAGAAGCUUUUAAAUGUUGUUCGAAGGUUAUAUCCGAGUGCAAGAUUAAUUGCCGUAGGCUCAACAAUAAACGGAUGCGGAGCUUACAAUUCAGACAUGGACCUUUGUAUGUGCUUGCCGGACCCACAUCGUGGGUAUCAUACUGACCGAGAGUAUGGCAUCCGAAUAUUGAAAAAAGUCCAUAGGGAGCUUGCCUUCAGGUCUAAUGGACUUGUCAGGAUGGCAACAUUUAUACCAGCGAAGGUUCCAAUAAUAAAGCUUGAAAUGGAAGCCCCUUUCGACGAGCUGGAAGUUGAUAUUAAUUGUAAUAAUGUCCCCGGGAUCUAUAAUUCUCAUUUGCUUCAUUAUUAUUCCAGAAUUGAUGAUCGCUUCCCAGCUCUUUGCUUACUGGUCAAACACUGGGCAAUUAAUGCUCGCAUUAAUGACGCGAUGAAUGGGACUUUCAACAGUUAUUCAUUAAUAUUGCUUGUGUUGCAUUUCUUGCAAUGCGUGGCACUACCUCCAGUUCUUCCGAAUCUCCAAGCGCUUUUUCCAGACCAGUUUAAUGAGAACGUGAAUUUGGACAGUUUAGAACUUUUUAAAGAACUACGACCGUUACCAAGUAAAGAGGUCAACACGGAGACGGUUGGAGAGCUCUUGGUAGGAUUCUUUAACUAUUAUAGCCAGUUCAACUUUACUCGCUGUGGAAUAUCAGUAUGCAGAGCAAGUAUUGUCGGAAUUUUUUUCAGAUCCGAAUUACCCUCAAGCGAUCGUCGUUACAAAAUAUUUAUUGAGGAGCCAUAUGACUUACAGAAUACCGCCCGCUGCGUGACCCGCAUCGAGAAUCUGCAGCUUAUCCAGCAUGCUUUCUCUCAGGCUGACAAGGCAUUUUUGGGCUCAAACGCACAUGUUCCAGCUUCCUGGGUUACAUGA